CAGCGAGGGGCGGGCUCUGUACACGCCACAACCCCCCCUCCCUUUCCCCGGGCUCCGCCAUUUCUCGGAAACCUCACCUGGGAGCGUCCACCGCGGUGGGCUCGGCCCAGGCAUCGGGCCAAGGAACCGCUGCUGCCCUGAACCGCCGGGAGCUCGGGGAUUUUUCAUUCCCAAGCUGUGAGUGGAUGGAGGAGGAGGAAAAGCCCCACAUAUCCCUCAGGUGGAGGGGCUGCAAACCCAGCCCAGGGAACUUCGAGGAGGAAAGACCCUCCCUGUGCCAGGAAGGCGGCCGGAGAUCCAGGCAGAGCUCAGAGCUGGUGGAGAAGCCUCAUGGAGGGGAGAAGCCCCACAAGUGCUUGGAAUGUGGAAAGGGUUUGAGCUACAGGUCCAGCCUGAUCCGGCACCAGAAGACCCACACUGGAGAGAAGCCCUACGAGUGUGGGAAAUGUGGCAGGGGAUUCAGAGAUAGCUCUGACCUGAUGGUGCACCAGGUGAUCCACACAGGGGAACGGCCCUACACCUGCUUGGAAUGUGGGAAGAGCUUCGGGUGGAUGUCCUACCUGAGAAGCCACCAGCGCAUCCACACUGGGGAGAGGCCUUACCAGUGUCCUGAGUGUGGGAAGAGCUUCUCCAGAAGCUAUCAUUUGACCCAACACAAACGGAGGCACCACUAAGAGACGCCCUGUGAGUGCCCCGAGUGUGGGAAGAGCUUCGUGCUGUGCUCCAGCUCCAUCCCCCAUGGGAGAAUCGGUGUUGGAUGAUCCCCAGUGACCCCUGUUGGGCAGAGUCCUGUUGAUCCGUGGUCCUGGCGAUCCCCUGUUCGGUGGGGCUACGGGGUUGGAGAGAUUUCGCUCCCUUCUCCUUGUCCUGCUGUGAUUUGGUUGGUAAUAAAUUCCCUCCCUGUGCCCAG